AUGAAAUAUGUUGCAGCUGCAAAAGGCAACGAACACCACAUCAUCACGUUCGAUGGGAGAGAUUCAGAAUUGGGAGCGUUCGCCGAACUUCGUGGGGUUGCCGUAUCUCCUCGUAACGAGGUAUUUGUGAUUGAAAAGGAACUAUGUCAGGUGCAGAUAUUCAACCUGAAGGGCGCAUACGUGCACCAUUUCCCUACAGUUGUGUCGAGAAGUGAAGAUGUGAGCCUUGAUGGGAGUAUGCCCGCGCCCGGACAUCCUUUAUUUAUGUGUACUAGGGAUGGAGAGUGGCGCAAAUAUGGCGAAUCGAGUGAAAGAACCUAUAACCUCUUCUUACCACAUCGUAUUGCCGCCGACAGACAGGGCUUCCUGUGGGUAGUGGGGAUGGUAAAUGUUCGUUAUUCCCAUGCUGAACUGAACAAUAUAUCUACUGUAGAUUGGAUGUGCCCUACUGACCGAGUUGUGCAAUAUAAUAGGAACGGUGUGGGAUUGGCCACGUUUGGUAUUCGGCAUGGAACAUGCAUUGACGGAAUGGCCGUGGAUCCACGAAAUGACCACAUUGCUCUGAUGGGUUGGAAAGACAGCUAUAUGAAGGUCUACAUAUUCCGUCCAGAUGGAUCUGUUGUGAGGACAUUGGUUAGGAAAGAGCGCUUGGUGCCAUUUUCUUCCACCCUUGCCGUCAACAGAGAUGGAAACAUCUUCGUCCCAACCCGCACGGGUACGGUACAGGUGUAUAACGAGACUGGACAGUUCCUCUUCAGCUUCGGGAGCUAUGAAAGCGGUGAUGGCGAACUCAAAGCUCCUAGAGACAUCUGCACGGACAGGUAUGGAAACGUUAUCGUAGCGGACCGCAAAAACAAGCGGGUAUCCGUGUUUACAAGCCGCGGACAAUUCGUUCACCAUGUCGCCAUUGGACUGACGGUAGAACACAUUGCUGUAGGACCAGAAGGACAGUUGGUAGUGACCUAUCCCGUCGAUAAUGGCGGGAUCGGGAUGCACGGACGCCCUGUCCGCUACAAUGUUAGUAUCUUAUGCCCGUAG